AUGUCGUCGUUGAUUAAUGAAAAUAACAAUAUUAAACACUCUGACUACUUUAUGCAAAGAGCGUUUAAUUCAAGCUCCGAGAAUAUGAUUGUGCCACCGCAUCAAGCACAUGCGCAUCAAAACAUGAAUAAUAAUAUUGAACCAUCUCAACAAUUUAUUAAUAAUGAAAAUUUUUCACCAUUUAAUCUAUCUUCCACUUUGAAAAAUAUGUCCCUUAGUGGUUCCGAUGCAAAGGAUAUCAAUUCAGAUUUCUUGAAGAAAUCAAAAAACUUAUAUUCUUUAAAGAUUAGAAAUGUCCCAGUCGAUAUUACUCCUCGUGAAUGCCAUAUUUUAUUUAGUUUAGCAAAAGGUAUUAUAGAUAUUCAGCUGGUCGAGGAAACCAUCGAUAGUAAUAACUCGUCUAAUAUUAAUUCUCCAACCGACAAUAAUAGAUCAACUCACUCUUUGAAUGAACCUCAUACUGGUUUAGUCAUAGUGGCUAAAUUUGAUUCUCUUUCAUUAGUGAAAUUAUAUGCUUCUAUAUUAACUACAAAAAAUGAUAUUUUCGGUCCAGAUUUUAAAAAGUAUUGUCCAGUUGAAAUUAUUGACGAUUCAACUCAAAACCAAAUAGUGAUUUCGAAUAUAUUACCAGAUAGCAGUAAUGGCAGUAUUAACAAUAAUAAUAAUACCAUGCCACAACCAAAUUAUCAAUUGAGUACAUCAACAAAUUACAACAAUAUUCAUCUUCCAAGAUUGAGUUCCACUCCUGUGGAAUCUUCUUCGAAUUAUAAGAGCAAUAGUUUGGGCGUGCAAUCUUCAUCGACACAGACAAAAUCGAGAUUUUCUUUCUCUGACCCAUUCACUAAUGAUUUUGCUCAGCCAUUGGUUGCUCCAACUGCUAUCGAUUCAAAUGGUGGUAAUCAAUCAUUUGGUCCUCAUGAUCAGAUGAAUGUAUCUAAAAAUGGCAAUAAUUCCCAAAGAGAUUUGCCAUUGAAUGGUCCCGUACAUACUAGAGACGCCGGGAAAUCCUUCUUAUUGAUGGAAAAUGAUGAUAUUAAUGAGAAUAUUUGGAACCCAAAUACAAUUGCAUCAAGUAUGAACGCAUUCCAUGAUGUUGUCUCUCAGAACUCAAACGUCGCAUUAGAUUGGACAUUGACUGAUGAAAAUAGAGAAAAUAGUAAUCACAACAGCAGUAAUAUCAAUAGUCAAAAUAAUCGUAAUUCCAAUUCCAAUCAGAAUACAUCAAUGUUCAUAUCUACAAACCCAAAUUCCAUGGCUGGCUCCAUGGCUGAUCCUAUGGUUCUAUCGUCCAUAGAUAUAAAUUCAACUGCAAUGCCAAUGAACGAAUCAUUGUCGCAAUAUAGUUUAAACUCCAUUCAAUUGUUACAGCAACAGCAACAGCAACAAUCUGCACCUCAUAUGUCUCAGGAAAACACGAGUCAGUUUGUCCAAACUAAUAGCUUCCAAAAUAUCAUGCCUGGACAAUAUGGUAGAGAACCUCAAGGUGCUAUAUCGCAACAACAGCAAGGAAGGCCAUCCAAUCCAAAUAUUUAUAAGGGAAUGCAUAAAUCACAAAACAUGACUGAUGGAACAAACAUUCAAAAUUCCUCUAAAUACUCCAAAGGAAACUCGAUAAUCUCAAAUUCCAACGUUAAAUCGAGUAACGGUAGUGUCCAGGGGUAUCCUGGUGUAUCUGAAGCGGAUAUGUCUCUACUGUCAAAGAUACCACCGCCUGCCAACCCAGCAGAUCAAAACCCUCCAUGUAAUACAUUGUAUGUCGGCAACUUACCACCUGAUGCUACAGAACAAGAAUUACGUGUGUUGUUUGCCGAUCAAGACGGUUUUAGAAGAUUAUCCUUUAGAAAUAAAAAUUUAAAUCACACUCAUGGAAAUAGUCAUAGUCAUGGUCACGGUCAUGGUCCUAUGUGUUUUGUUGAAUUCGAUGAUGUUAGCUUUGCCACAAGGGCAUUGGCCGAACUUUAUGGUAGACAACUACCCCGUGUUACUGCAAGUAAUAAGGGAGGCAUAAGAUUGAGUUUCUCCAAGAAUCCAUUGGGUGUUAGAGGACCAAACAAUAGAAAGAGCAAUGGUUCCAAUAUCAGCAACAAUGGUAGUUCGACUGUCUCAACUUCAAAUAAUUCUACCUCAAGUUUCAAUUAUGUGCAGAAUUAUCCCAAAUAG